CCGACGUCACCGAAUUCCCGGAAGCUAUCGCAGCUUCCAACGCCAAGUCAAAAGCUGUCCCAAAAAAGUAAAUUCAACUACAUCACCGGUUUCAAACACGACUUCCUCUUCUUUAAUCUUACAUCUAUUAGUUGAUUCACAAGUAAGCCACAAGAAGCCGUAGUUACAAUGUUCCGCUUCCACAAAACUCUUGAUAUCGUCACCGUCUUCCACAAGGCAGGCUCACCGGCCUCCACAAGAGCGGCAACUCUCCUAAAGCAGAUUUCAGCCAAUGCCACGGAGACAGCAACUGAAGAUCAAGCCAGUGAUCAUUCUCACCAGACGCAUCCCAAGCUCUCGCGUCAGGAGUUUGAAUUGAACAUCACUGAAGAGCCUCCCACCGCCGACCAACUCAAGACUAUUCUAGAGUACGUCGGCAAAAAUAAGAUCGGAUCUAUCGUGCAAGGCGCGUCGACAGAGAAUGAGGCAUUGAAGAAGUUCAGAGAGAGCAAGGAGAACUUCAAACGGCCUGUAAUUGUUGAUUGGAACAAUGGAAAGGCUAUCGCUAGCGACAAGGAGUCAGAGAUACUCAAGAUGUUAGAGCAAGAGAAUAGCAAGGAGUGAUUCUCGAGCACUGUACACAACACAGGUACCUAGGUAGUCAUAUCUGUCUUGUGCUGGUAUUGGUUAGGCUCCAUGAAUCCUUUGCCAGCUUAAUGAAUAUUCAGUCCUAGUUCUAGUCUGUUAUAAUUAGUUCUCUAGCUAGCUAGUGAAAGGGGCAUCUAAUUUAGAUUGCCAUAUACGAACUCUACUCCCAUAGCCUGCAUUCAUAUCUUGUUCCCAUGGUGGUUUGCUUGUAAAUAUACAGACUCACCUUUCUUAGCCAUGUACAUAUCCAUCCAUAUA